GCAAUAUAGUCAUAAAUAAUGAUGUGGCAACUAGGCCCCACUAAGUCUUUGUUUUUUUAAUUUCACAAAUAAUUACUCGUGUAUUCAAGAAUUUUCUCCAUAUAAUAUUGGGAUAUUGAAAAGAGAUUCUAUUUCUAUUCUACUAUACUAUAAAUGGCGAUAAGCACACAGUAGGUCAACAUGGCUGCUUUGGCAUUUUGAGGGCAGUUUAGUCGAUAAGCAGAAUUGGAGCAAUUCCAUUGGCUAAAAGGGUUUUAGGGUUUAUUGAGUGGUUCCAAUUUGAGUUGAAGAAGGCAUGGGAGGAGGGAGAAAGAAUUUGAAGAGAGGUAUGGAGGAACAUAAUUUAAGCCUUGAAAAUGGUCAAACUAUAAUGCAGGUUGUUGACCUUAUUCAAGUAUGAAUAACAUUCACUUUCUUUCCUUGAAUAUAUCUUUUAUAAUUCAUUGGGUAUGAGCUUUCCAUUCUCAAGAUUCAAUUUUUCCUAUUUUAAGUUGAUGUUCAUUCUUUGAUAUCUGUUUUAAGGGCCUGUUUGGACAUGAGUUUUCUUUCUUCCUUUUUUUUUUUUCAAACUGUUCAUUGGAAUGAUUUCUUGGUUAGUUUUUUUUUUUUUUUUUUGAUUGCACUCACAAAGUUUAUUCAUUGAAAUGCAUGUCCAAACAAAAAUUCAGCUUUUCAAAUGCCAUUUUUCAAUUUCAAGUAUAAAAUAUUCAUCUUCUUUCAUUAAUAUAUCUUUUACAUCUGGGUGUGAGUUUUCCAUUCUCAAGAUUCAAUUUUUCCAAUUGUAAACUCAUGUAUUAUUUUGAUUUGGGUUUCUGCUUUUUGGUCUCAAAAUUCAAUAUUUUUGCUAUUGUUAUUUUGUCUUCUUUCUGUAUAUCUGUAUAACGGUGCAUUCUUUUGAUUUGGAUAUGAGCUUUCAAAUCUCAAAAUUUGUUUUUUCCUGAUACUAUCUGUGUCUGCAUGCAUUAUUUUGAUUUGGGUUUGAGCCUUUUGGUCUCAAAUUUCAAUGAUCCUACUGUAAGUUGGGGUUCAUUUUUUGGUAGCUGUUUAAAAAUUCAUUUUUUUUUUAAAAAAUCUGGGGAUGAGCUUUCCAUUCUCAAGAUUCAGUUUUUCCUUGUGCAAAUUCAUGUUCUUUCUUUGUUAUCUGCAUUAUUGGGAUUUAGGUUUAAGAUUUUAGGCCUCAUAUUUCAAUGUACACUUGUACAGUCAAACCUCUCUAUAGCGACAUCGUUUGUCUUGAUAUUUUUUGGCUACUAUAGCAAAAUGUUGUUACAGAGAACAUAUAAUAUGGAGUAGUAUAAUAUGAAAAAUCAGUUCCAAAGAAAAUUUGGUCGUUAUAGUGAAAAUUUUGUUAUUGAGGAUGAGGUGUUAUAGAGAGUUACAACUGUAUUCUACUGUAUUUUCGUGUUCAUUCGUUGAUAUCUGCUUAAGAAUUUAUUCUACUGUAUUUCGUAUUCUACUGUGUUCAUUAGCAAUAUUUCCAGCUAAAUUCCAGAAGAUCAUGUGGAUAAAACGAGGCAACUUUGUUGUGGUUGAUGAGAGCGGGCGAGAGGAAGCUGUUGAAUCAGGCAGAAAAGUGGGAUGUGUUGUUACGAAAGUACUCUAUUAUGAUCAAGUUCGUGUGCUUCAAAAGUCUCCAGAAUGGCCAGAGAUCUUCAAAUCCACAGCAGUAGAGAGUUCAAAGCCUGAACUAGUGUCACACAGUGACCAAAUCGAAGAGAAUGAAGAUUCAAGUGAUGAUGAUGACGGACUUCCUCCUUUAGAAGCCAAUACAAAUAGAUUAAACCCUUUUCAACUGGAGUCGGAGACAGAAUCUGAUUCAGAUACUGAUUCUUAAUCAUGGCACCAUAACUAAUGACAGAGAGAAGAAAGUUACCCUUUGUCAUCCCCCCAUCGCACCCCGGUCACUUAAAAGUAAAGAAGAGACACACACUUUGGAGUCCAAAUUUGGUGGGAUUUAGGAUGGAACCGAAUAGUGAAUACCUUCUUUUUAUGGAUAAAGCAACAAGGAGUAAUCUGAAUGCUAUUCACAUUUGGGGAUCUGUAACAAGAUCGGUGACUUUGAUAUAGUUGAUAUGCCAAGCAAAUUUGUAAAUUAAUUUUGAGUUUCGAAAUGUUUGUUUUCUGAUAUUAUUAUGUGCUAUGUAUGACCUGUUGUAACUUCAUGUUGAAAAUAAUGAGCAGUCGGCUUCUUGUCUA